AUGCAGCGUCACUAUGUUCGCCAGUUUGGUCAGAAGCUGGUUCGCCGGAGGCCACUGGAGCCCAUAGCGGAGUCUGAGAGUCGCCUGUCUCGUUGUCUGAACACCCUCGACCUGGUGGCUUUGGGUGUGGGCAGCACUCUAGGGGCCGGCGUAUACAUCAUGGCUGGAGAGGUGGCCAGGGAUAAAGCUGGACCAGCGAUCGUCAUCUGCUUCCUGGUGGCUUCCAUAUCUUCUAUAUUGUCCGGGAUCUGCUAUGCUGAGUUUGGGGCCCGGGUACCAGGCUCCGGUUCUGCAUAUCUCUACAGCUACGUCACCGUGGGACAGCUAUGCGCCUUCAUCACUGGCUGGAAUCUUAUAUUGUCCUAUGUCAUCGGUACCGCCAGUGUGUCCAGGGCCUGGAGCUCUGCCCUUGACAGCUUGAUAGGGGACCGCAUCUCUCAGGCGUUACAGGGAACUUUCCCUCUUCAUUUGCCCCAUUUCUUGGCCAAGUACCCAGACUUUUUUGCACUGGGCCUGGUGCUUCUGUUCACGGGAGUACUGACUGUGGGAGCUGGUGAGUCGGCCCUGGUUAACAAAGUGUUCACAGGCUUGAACCUUUUGGUUCUCAGCUUCAUCAUCAUCUCUGGCAUCAUUAAGGGAGACCCACACAACUGGAAGCUCACGGAAGAGGACUACAAACCGAACAUAUCUGGAUCCAAUGAUUCCUCCAGCUUCGGCCCUCUGGGUGCAGGAGGGUUUGUGCCUUUUGGCUUUGAUGGGGUUUUCCAAGGAGCAGCUACGUGUUUCUAUGCGUUUGUCGGUUUCGAUGUCAUUGCUACUACAGGGGAAGAAGCCCAAAAUCCCCAGCGGUCCAUCCCCUUGGGCAUCGUGAUCUCUCUCUUCAUCUGCUUUUUGGCGUAUUUUGGUGUCUCAGCCUCACUCACCCUCAUGGUGCCCUACUACCAGAUUCAUCCUGCAAGCUCCUUGCCGCAGGCUUUCCUCCACGUUGGCUGGGGCCCUGCCAGAUAUGUGGUGGCUGUUGGCACCCUCUGUGCUCUUACCUCCAGCCUCCUGGGUGUCAUGUUCCCCAUGCCCCGUGUGAUCUACUCAAUGGCAGAUGACGGGCUCCUUUUCCGGGGACUUGCCCACAUCCACGCCCGCACCCGUACCCCCGUCAUGGCCACCUUAGCUUCUGGAAUUCUUGCAGGGCUCAUGGCGUUAUUCUUCGAGCUCCAUGACCUGGUGGACCUCAUGUCCAUCGGGACCCUGCUGGCUUACUCCCUGGUGGCAUUUUCUGUCCUUGUCCUCAGAUAUCAACAGGAUGAGAAUUUAAGCAAGACCAAGAAAACAGAGAAAGGAACUGAGAUGGAGUCUGUAGUUGAAGCAAGUCCUUUGGACACUGCACCUGAAGCGGGAACUUCAAAGAUUCUCAAGAGUCUCUGUCACCCUCCCAGAACCAUCCCCACCCGGACAUCUGGCCGGAUUGUUUAUGGAUGUGCCUUACUGCUUGUUCUCCUGUUGAUCAUCCUGAGUGUGGUCCUGGCCCAGUGGCCCAGACGUGUGUUCUCUGGAGACCCCGUGCUCACAACAGUGGCUGUGCUGCUGCUGCUACUCAUCACUGGGGUCGCGGCCAUCAUCUGGAGGCAGCCCCAGAGCCUCAGUCCUCUUCACUUCAAGGUCCCUGCUCUGCCUGUCGUCCCACUGGUGAGCAUCUUUGUGAACAUUUACUUGAUGAUACAGAUGACCUCUAGGACUUGGGCCCAAUUUGGAGUCUGGAAUAUAAUUGGAUUUAUGAUAUACUUUGGAUACGGGAUCCGACACAGCUUGGAGAACAGUGAGCAAUGGCCGGCAGGCAGCUCCACUUCCCAGACUCUUGACAAGAACACCCCAGGUGCUGGGUCAUCUUAA